AUGUUUCGCGAGGGCAGGUCGGUGUGUGAGCUGGCCGCCGUCGCGGUCGACGACCGGCUCGCAUACCUCGGAUUCCACGGUCCGCACUCCAGUGUCGCAGUAUUCAAACGUGAAACCAUGAGAUUCGUCGGCUUGCUAACGCGUAUGUGCGGCAGCGCGGGCAAAUUGCUGGCUUUGGGCGCCUGCAAGAAGCUGGUAUGCUUCACCUCAGCUGGGCACAUCUACAUUUGGGACACGAGCGAAAAGGCUGUUGAACACCUGAUUAAAAUUUCUACCGACCCCUUGACCCAGGAGGGUUUCAUACACCCGGACGCUAGAGUACACCCGGUUGCAAAGGUCACUCCUCCAUCAUUAGGAGAGUGCAUAGACGUCGACUAUCUGCCUGGCACGUCCACACUGUUGUCGCUGGGGCCGACCGGUGUAUUGACCUUUUACGACCUUGCAACCGGCACCGAGACUGGGUCGUGCCACCCUGACCACGACGAGGGCAUGCGCGCUUUGUGCCUCCGAGUUAACACGUGCCUGGCCACAUUCCGAGAUCGCAAGGGCUACUGGGUAACUAUUGGAUUUAACAAGGGCCGUAUUACGGUUGUAUUUCUGCCGGUUAUAGGGAAGGUUGAGGAGAUGGACGGAGAGGCUGGCAGUGGUGUCGAAGUGGACACCACUGACUUGUACAGCAUCUCCAGAUGCACUGGAGAGCGUUCCGAUGUAAAAUGUUUGGCUUACAGGCAAAGAUCAUCGAGUUCUACAAGCAUGACUGUCGUGGCCGGCUGCUCUGACGGCGCCGUGCGUUGUUUCGUGUUCAAGUUGGCCCCCGAUGUGCUGCAUCCGCACAAGUCUGCGACCUACGUGCACUGCCGCGGUGCCAAGAAGGGCACAAUCACCCAUUUGAUAUCGGGUUGCAGCCAUGAUGGGUCACCUUACGUCGUAUCGCUGUGCAAGAUGAAGCUGCCACACGACUUCUACACGACCCCCUUAGUAGAUUCGAAGCAGUCUCUAGCGGAUUCCUCAACGUUCUGUACCGAAGUUAUACUGCAGAUUUUGCUACCGGAUCAGUGCAAAAAGUAUGAGGUGCUAGUUCAGUUGCGCGAUAUGGUCAGCGACAUCAAGGCCGGUGUGGAUGGCUCAAGCUUCCUGCUUACUACCUUUGACGACGUUUACGUCGUCCGCCGUUCGGAAUCAGAGAACGGGUGGUUGAAACCGAAGAAGUUGGUCUGGCAGACACCCGAGAAUCUGAAGUUGUUGUCGAAGGUCUGGUGA